AUGAAACAGUUGGAACUUCGUCUGUCUACUCUAUCACCCACCACAGCAAAUUCUUCAACUUCGCAAUCCUUUGUUUCUUCCACCAAGCCUCUCAUUCGCAAUCAACGCCAAGACCCCUUUCCCAUGCCCGAACUUCCAUUAAUCAAAUUCAGUGGCGACCCCAAAGAAUGGCCUUCCUCUUGGGAUUGGUUCCAAGAUGCCGUUGACGCAAAACCGAAGCCCGACUGGCAGAAACUCACAUAUUUAAAAAGUUGCCUUACAGGUACUGCUCAUCAAACCAUAUCCGCAUUUGCACUUGCAAACAAAGACUAUCACCUUGUUGUUCAAGCACUAAAAGACAAGUAUGGUAGUCCUACUGUUAUUGUUUCUUCGCUGUAUGAUGAGCUCGAAUGUUUGCCGAAUGUCAACGAGCAAAAUUUUUGA